UGCUGGCGCGGCCGAGUCGGAGUGGAAGUGGGGGUGGGGUGGGCUAGGAGAGUGCUGGGGGCCUGGGCCCCCGGGGCUUCGAGUGAAGACGGAAUCCUCAGGGCGGCCUUCGGAGCGGGAGCGCGAGCUCAGGAGAGCUCGCUGGGCGCGAGCUCAGCCGGCUGCCGGCCCCCGCGGGUAGGGGCGAGAAUUUCUUUAGCUGCUCCUCCGGUGAGAGUGUAGAAAGUAGUGGCUUCCUUGGAUCCAUCUGGCUCCCCCGGAGCAGGACUUCUUGGACGACCCAGUUAAAUCGAUUUCCCAACUGCUGAUGGGAUACUUCGGAAAUGAUAGCUGAGCCCAGCCCAGCCUCAGACACCAGCCAAAAAGAAAAUGAUGGCCAAGAGGCAACUGCACCAGCAUCUGCUGUACAAAAUGGUGGCUGUGUGAAAAACUCUAGCAACUCGACACCAAAAGAGAGAAAGAAGGUGCAAGAACAGUGCGAAAACGUCAGAAAGAAAAAUAUUUCAAGAAGAAAGAGGUCAAGUCAGCCAGAGAACGAUGAAGAUGAAGUUGAAGAAAUGGUGGAAGCAGUCACUCUCUUUGAGGUGGUCAGCUUGGGCAAGAGAGCUAUGCAGUCAGUGGUAGAUGACUGGAUUGAAGCCUAUAAAGAAGACAGGGAUUUGGCACUUCUGGAUCUCAUCAAUUUUUUUAUUCAAUGUUCUGGCUGUCAAGGAAUGGUGACUGCUGAGAUGUACCAAAGUUUACAUAGCUCUGACAUUUUGAAAAAAAUGAUUGAGAAAUUUGAUGAGGAAACAGGGUUGCAGUAUAAAAGAAUUAUGGCUCGCCCAUGGAUCUUAACAGUGACAUGGCCAAUGGAGUUGGAGGAUGAGGGUUACCCACUUGUUAAGCCUGGACCCCACUGGAAAAAAUUUAAGGCUAAUUUCUGUGAAUUUACAGCCGUGCUAAUACAACAAUGUCAGUACAGUAUUCUCUAUGAUGGUUAUCUGAUGAACACAAUCACUUCCCUUCUCUCAGGACUCACAGGUUCUGUAGUGAGAGCAUUCAGGCAUACCAGUACCUUGGCAGCAAUGAAGCUGGUGACAGCACUUGUGAGUGUAAUUCAGAAUCUUGAUGUCAGCAUCCAUAAUGCUCAGCAGCUUUAUGAAGUAGAGAAGAAUAGGACCCCUGAGGGCGAAACUGGUCCUAGAUUGGACGAGCUUGACAGAAAAAGGAAAGAGUGUCAGCAAAAACCUGUGGAAAUUGAAAAUAUGAUGAAUGCGCUUUUUAAAGGGACCUUUGUGCAGCGCUAUCGUGAUGUUAUACCUGAAAUUAGAAUCGUUUGCAUUGAGGAGAUGGGAAGUUGGCUGAAAUUAUACCCAAAUAUGUUUUUAAAUGAUAGUUACUUGAAAUAUGUUGGUUGGAUGUUAUAUGAUAAGCAGGCAGAGGUGAGGCUAAAGUGCCUUCAGGGACUUCGAGGACUUUAUGAGCACAAAGAGCUUAUUUUUAAGAUGGGCCUUUUUAAUACUAGAUUCAAGAGCCGAAUUGUUUCCAUGACUACAGACAAGGAACCGGAAGUAGCUGUUGAAGCCAUGAAACUUGUGAUGCUGAUGGUCCUGAAUUGUGAGAAUACGGUAUCGUCAGAAGAAUGUGAAGCUAUGUAUCAUUUUGUUUAUGCAACAUAUAGACCCUUAGCUGUAGUAGCUGGAGAAUUGCUCUGCAAAAGACUUUUUUGUCUCCCAUCGGGUGAAGAAGAGCCUCCUAAUGCCAAGAAGAAAAAUAAGUUUGUUUAUAGCCUUAGGCGUCUGAAAAAACUUAUUACUUUCUUCUUGAAUCAUGGGUUUCAUAAACAUGUCACCUACUUGGUGGAUAGCUUGUGGGACUGGGAAGACGGUUUGCUGAGAGACUGGGAGUGUUUGACAAAUCUUUUAAGGGACAAGCCCAUGAGAAAAGAAGAAGCCUUUACAGAUGCCCAGGAAAGUGUUCUUGUGGAAAUUAUUGCAGCAGCAGUGCGCCAAACCGCAGAAGGUCAUCCUCCAGUGGGCCGAGGAAGCAGAAAAACCCUCACAGCAAAGGAGAGGAAAACUCAAAUGGAAGAAUGUGCCCGAAUGACUGAGCGUUUCAUUAUAGUGCUUCCUGAGCUUUUGGCUAAGUAUUCUUCAGAUACAGAAAAAGUGACAAACUUCCUGCAAAUUCCUCAGUAUUAUAAUUUGAAUGUGUAUGUUGCUGGACGUCUAGAGCAGUACUUGGAUGCGUUGCUAACGGAGAUGAAAGAACUUGUGCACAGACACACUGACCUUAAUGUCCUUGAGGCCUGCUCCAAGGUAUACAGCAUUCUCUGCGGUGAACAACUGGCAAUUUACCCUUUUGUGUCCGAGGCGCUUCACCACCUAAUAGAUGAGAUGGUUAUGGACUUCUCCCAACUAAUCGGUGAAUUUUUCCAAGAGGAAGAUGGUUUGGGUGUCAAUGAAGAACACAUUUUUCGAAUGUCCUGCAUCCUAAAAAAACUAACGGCUUUUCACAAUGCACAUGAUCUCACCAGGUGGCACAUUGGUGAUUGGACUUUGAAAAUCCUGAAUUUUGAGAAGGAAAAUGGGGGUUUGCCUGCUGAGACCUUAAUCCCUGCUCUUCAAUGCAGUUACUUUGCUCUCUUAUGGCAGCUGGAAUUAGUUACUGAAUCAUUGGUAACUGAAACACCUUCCUCCCAGGGAUUGAACUCUAGGUGUGGGAGGGAAGAGAGACAUUGGGAGGAAAAGGAAACUCUUUCGGAGUUGAGUGAAAAGAUGACAUGUUUCCGCUUGAUAUGUGAAUCAUACCUCAACCAUCAUAAUAAGGAUGUGAGUGAAAAGGCCUUCAUUCUACUAUGUGACUUGCUGAUUGUUUUAAGUCACCAAGGUGUGGAUGAGGAUGAAGAUUUUUCAUUGCUCAAGUUUCUUCCUGAUCACGAUCUACAGUCAAGAAUGAUUGAGUUUGUCAAGGAUCACGUUUUUGGGGAGAACAAUUUGCCUGAAGAGAUGAAUAGAGAAGAAGCUCAUAGACUGGAUUCAGUAUACAGAAAACGGAUUAUUCUGGCUGAAUAUUGUAAACUGAUUGCUUAUAAUGUGGUGGAAAUGAUGACGGCAGUUGAAAUCUACAAGCACUAUAUGCAGACAUACCAUGAUUUUGGUGAUAUUAUUAAAGAAACAAUUAACAGAACGAGACACAAUGAUAAAAUUGAGAGUGCCAGGACGUUGAUUGUUUGUUUGCAGGAGUUGUAUCAGAACCACAUGGCAACCUAUCGCAGCAAUAACAGUCGUAAAAAGCAGGUUGACUCCUCCGCUUCCUUUGCCAGUAUUAAAGAACUUGCUCGUCGAUUUUCUCUCACAUUUGGCUGGGAUCAGAUGAACUCCAGGGAAUCGAUAGCUAUGAUACACAAAGAAGGAAUUGAUUUUGCAUUUCAUGGAGAUAGUCAAGAUAUAGACUAUUACCUCCCUCCCAAUCUAACCUUCUUGGCAAUCAUCAGUGAAUUCUCCAAUAAACUACUCAAACCUGACAAGAAGCUGGUGUAUUACUACCUGCAGGAAUUUGUUACAGACCACAUGUUGUUGACUUGUAAAGGGGAAAAAUGGCAUCCAUUGUACUGUUAUCGCAGCUCUCUGAUAGGAACUGAUGAUGAUGCAGAAAGCACAAUAGCAAGUAGUUUUAGAGAAUGGCCUCCACCUGACAAAUCAAAAGUCUUUGCCACGAAGAGAAAAUUUUCUGAUGGAAGUAUUAUGGAUAUUUCACUUCCUGGAAGCUCAAGGCAAACAAUGGAUUUACAGUCAGAUUCACAGCUCUCUUAUUUCUCAUGGAAAAGUAAAACAGUGACAUCGGAAGACAUUGUGGACGAGCCAGGCCCCACAGAACAAGAUAUAGCACCCAGGAUGGGAGACUCACCUGAAAGCCUGCAUGAAGAAGAAACAGAAGAACUCAAUGAAGAUAUUGAUGUUGUUGAAAUAGAUGAGGGAAACUUGUGAAAAAGCUGGAAAUGGUGAAGAUCAAAAACUGCUCUUUUUUGGGCAACAACCAAAACAUUUUGAUUUUUUCAGAUUUUCAUGUGUACAAAUGGAAACAGCAACUUUAUGAAGUGGGACUGUCCCUGGAUCCUGGACCAUUGUGCUCUUUGGGCUUUUAAAAGUUUCAGGUCCAAAGAAAAGUAAAUUCCCUCUGAAUUUACUCCAAGGUAGCCUUUCACCUACCUUGGCUUAUUUUAUGUACAGGCAUAAAAUGUGCCUAAAGUUUAUUUUUUCAGUGAAAACAUAAGUUGAAAUGACAUCUUGACAGAACAGUACCAUGGGUGAUAAAUGGAAUAGUGUUACUGUUUUUAUGGGUAUUUAUAACAAAUACAGAAGAUAUUGGUUAUAUAUUAAGAAUGUUAUUCAGAAAUCACAUUUAUUAAGCAAAGUUCCCCUUUUUAACAAUAAGGUAUUGGUUACUAUUAUUAAAUUUCAUUCAAUAGGUGGAAUUUAGAAAUGACAACCUAAAGGAAAGAUUAUCUAUUUCCGUCUCCUCUUUUCAUUCUUUAAAUUAAUAAAUAUUAGAUUAACUAUUUUUGAAGGAAAACAAAACCAGAAACUUGCCUUCUUACCAUUGUGUAUAGGAAAACUUAUGGUGGUUUCAAUUCAAUUUUUAUUUGUUACCUUUGUAUAAAUAACUUAAAGCAGAUAAAAAUGAAAGCAAUGCUGCACUCAAGGAGUUUAUAUUUUACCCCCAUGUUAUACAGCAUGCACACAAAGAAGAAUGAAGUAUUUUAGGUGAGAGAGAACUCUGACUCAUGUCUGAAAUUUCAGCUGGAAGGAUUUCUUCAGGAAGUAUCCAGGGCAGGGUUUGUCUGUUUGCUUUUUUUUUUCUUCACAUUUUACUUGUGAACUCUGAGGUCAAACAAUGUUUCAUUUACAUUUUCCCCCUUUAUUUGAUGGAAAAGCAAGACAUGACUGCCUCUGUACUUUGUUUUUCAAAACAAACCACAGUUCUUAUUGGUGAUGAUAGACAUGUUUUUGUGAUCUUCUGGUGAUUAAGUUUUAUAAUCAUCAUAAAAUAUUUAUCAAGUGCCUAUUAUACACUAGGUGCUUAUAACAGACCAGUGGGGGUGGGGGGAAGAAACACUUAAGUUAUCUUGAUUUGACUUUUUGAGUAUAUGUUUAAUGAACUACAUGUAAGUCAUCCAAGGACCAAUCUAGCUAAGGUCAGAAGAGUUCAUAAUUAAGAUAUAGGCCCACUUAAAUUAUUUCAGCCACAGUAACUUAGAAAGAUCAUUUAUUAAGGGUUGCCAUUUACAACAGUAUAGGGAGUAUUAUUUAUAUAAGAUGAUAAUGGAUUCUGGAAGUAAGGGUAGGAAAACUAGGGAGGUCAGGGUAAUGUGUUCUUUAAAGGUCCUCCUGUCACAUUGGAAGAACUUAAAUAUGAAUGACAGCUUGUUGUAUUAAGGUCUUCCAUGCAUAUUUCCAGAUAUUGGACUCCAUUUCAUAUUCUUGUAAUAUGACUCCCAGAAAUUGUGAGGAAGCAGCUUAUACACAAAUGAAAUAGUUUAUAUAUAUUUUGUUAGUGUGACAACAGUGUUCUGCAUUUGUAGUCCUCCUUAUCUUUUUAGUUUAUUGUGCCAAAGUAUUGUGUUCCUAUCCCUCUCUCCCCUUUAAAAAGAGUGUGUAUGUGUGUGUCUGCGCAUGGCGCACGUGUAAUAUUUAAAGCAACAAGACAGCUGCUGGAUUAGUGACCAUAUGACUCAUUGCCUUAACUAUAGGGAGAAUAAAUUUAGAAGAUACAGAGGGAGAAUAAAUUUAGAAGAUAUAGUUAUUUGAUAUUUCUGAUCAAAGAAAGUGUUUCCCUCUCUUCUUUGUUGGAUGAGCAAGCAAGAAUUAUUCUUUUGCAUAUAGGAACAUAAGUGGAUUGGUUUGAUCUGGAUGGAUUUUUUGAACAGUUGCCAUGUGGCAUAGUUACUUUUCUUGUCAAUUUAUGGUUACUAUUAAGGUUCUUGCCAACAGUACAGGAAAAUAAUUCAUAAUGGUGUGUUCCAAAAUGAAGUUUAUCCUUGGUAAAUGUUCUUUUAAUGAACAAGUAAAUAGUAUUAUUAUCUGAAGUUACAAUAUGUGUUAAUGUGGAGAAGUAUACACUUUUUUUUUUAAAUUUGUUUCAAGUAUUCUGUGAGAUAAUUAAGGAAAAUAAAUGGCUUUAACAUUAGGCCCUAUUCUAAAAUUCCUACAUGAUAUUUGAAAUAAAAAAAGUCAGUCAGCAAAAAAGGAUGACAUAGAAUUAUCCUCAGACUGGUCUUCUAAGUCUGCAUAGUUGCAAAGGAAUAUUGAGGAGGCUUUAAAAUUUAACCAAAUUCAGAGAAAGGCGAUAUUUUUGAGGUGUGAGAGAAUAUGUGGUGAAAGCUUGAAAGUAGUUUAGAAUAUUGUCAGCUAAUGGUUGCAAAGACUAUAUUUCUGUUGCUUUAACAUGCAUUUACUACUUGGCUAUCUUCAUUUGUCAACUCUUUGCUCCUAAAGUCAGUACAACCCAGAGGUUAGUGGUAGAGUAAAUGCUUUCCUUAUGUACUUGAUUUGGUUGGUUUGUUACAUAUAGGAUCAUCAGAGACGUAACAAAAACUGGUAACCAUCUUGUAGUUUAACAUCUAAAGUUUUCCAUAGGAAAUUAAAAUGAAGGAUUCUGGUUUCGGUGCCAAGAUGUUUUCCCCCAAAAUUGUGUCAAACUCUACCCAGUGUUAAUAUUUCCAUGUAAAGCUAUGAGAUGUGUCCAGAAACAGUAAAAUACUUUGCUGCAUGUAGGCAUACCUGUGGUAAUAUUACAACAAGUGGAUACAUGGAUGAAAAUCUUUAAAUGCUUUAUUUGAAAAUACAAACAUGAUUUUUAAACAUUUUUAAACUGAUCUACACAGCAAACAAAAAUAACUUUACAUCUUUUUUGUACAUUUUACAUGAAAACGUUCAAAUAAACUUGCUGAAGGCGUUCUAUACCCAAAUUCUUUGCGUACUGUUAUGUACAUUUCAAGGCACUACAACCUUAUGAUAUAUGAAACUGAAACAAGUAUUUCUCAUCCUUUACACACUCUCUUGCCAUAAAGAUAGGCAGGUGAGGUGGCAGAAAUUCAAGCUGCUGUGACACUUUUGUUUAUAUAUUUAUGGAAUGUGUCAAUAACUAACCUUUCAAAGAGGAAGAAAUAGAAGCCUUAAAUGCCCACAAUAUAUUAGUGCACAUCACAGAUCAAGUAACAUUAAUGUGUUUUUUAAAAA